ACUCGCGUUUGAGAGCAGAAAAAGGAGACUCGCAGAUCACUGCCAUGUUAAAAUACAUUUCUUGUUCUGCCCCCUCAAAGCAAUUUUCAGUUUUCACCUCCAGCUUCUCAGCCUCCUCUCUCUAGAUCAAGAACAGUAACUUCAACUUAACGCCUGGGUGAGGAUCACGAACUCCCACCGAUUGACCUUUUCAGUUUUACCCACUUUGCGAUACGUAAAUCCUUCUUUCUCACUUUCUUCCUGUCAUUUUAUUCUCUAUUUUCAUCGCCCAGGGGCUCUACAAUCUGUAUCCAUUACAGGGGAGGUUGAGAAAAUUCAAAAUCAUGAAACAACUGUACAAACAAUCCAGCUUAAAUCACAGGAGGGACGAAGAGAUGCCGGGUUCGCAAUCUUCCCCCUAUUCUCCCAAAACUCUUAAACAUCACAGAUCACUUCCUAGAUCCAUCAACUACAUCUUGAGAGAGCAAAGACUUCUCUUCAUCUUAGUGGGUAUUUUGAUUGGCUCCACGUUCUUCAUCCUCCAACCCACCCUCUCUCGGCUCCAGCCUUCCGAGCCACAUCCCUCCCCCGUGUCAUUCUCAUCUGGAUUCUCCCGGCGUGAUCAGCUUCAGACUGCGUCUUACUUCUCUUAUGGGGUGAAAGGCAAGGUGGGGAGAGUCCCGGCAGGUAUCAGCGGCCGGCGAUUGAGGAUUGUGGUAACCGGUGGUGCGGGAUUCGUGGGAAGUCAUCUCGUGGAUAAGCUUAUUGGAAGGGGGAACGAUGUGAUUGUAAUUGACAAUUUCUUCACCGGUAGGAAGGAAAAUCUGGUACACCUCCUUGGCAACCCGCGAUUUGAGCUUAUUCGUCAUGACGUGGUUGAGCCAAUUCUCUUGGAGGUGGAUCAGAUCUAUCACUUGGCUUGCCCAGCAUCACCUGUGCAUUAUAAGUACAAUCCUAUCAAGACCAUCAAGACAAAUGUGAUGGGUACCCUUAAUAUGCUGGGCCUUGCAAAAAGAAUUGGCGCGAGGUUUCUUCUUACCAGUACAAGUGAGGUUUAUGGAGAUCCACUGGAGCAUCCCCAGAAAGAGACGUACUGGGGGAAUGUAAAUCCAAUAGGUGAGAGGAGUUGUUAUGAUGAAGGAAAACGCACUGCAGAAACCUUAGCCAUGGAUUAUCAUCGAGGUGCAGGCGUUGAGGUUCGUAUAGCUCGAAUUUUCAACACUUAUGGGCCUCGUAUGUGUUUAGAUGAUGGGCGUGUAGUUAGCAAUUUUGUUGCACAGGCCAUUCGCAAACAACCUAUGACAGUUUAUGGUGAUGGCAAACAAACCCGAAGCUUCCAAUAUGUCUCCGACUUGGUUGAAGGGCUUGUGGCUCUGAUGGAAGGGGAACAUGUGGGACCUUUCAACCUUGGUAACCCUGGGGAGUUCACCAUGUUAGAGCUGGCUGAGGUUGUCAAAGAAACAAUUGAUUCAAGUGCUACAAUUGAGUACAAACCUAAUACAGCAGAUGAUCCACACAUGAGGAAACCGGAUAUCAGCAAAGCAAAAGAACUUCUAAACUGGGAACCAAAAAUCUCACUAAGAGAAGGGCUGCCUCUUAUGGUCAACGAUUUCCGAAAUAGAAUUUUGAAUGAAGAUGAAGGAAAAGGGUUAUGAAUGAAGAAUUGAUGAUGAAUAAGAAGGGAUGAAACGAGGAUGGAGGCAGACCUUGUAUCUUUAUGGUGAAGAGAGCUUCUGUCCUUCAACUUUUGCGUCUACGAUUACCGCCAUUAGAGCCAGAAUGUUAACAACGGGUCCAUUUACAUAUAUGCUUGCUAAGCUCCCGAUUGACUUGCUAUGUUAAAUUUUUGACAAUUUUUUUUACCCGCACUUUUCUUGCCUGAUGUAUGGGUUAGAUUUUUUAGUAUCUAUUUUAGUCUGGUAUGGCCUGAAUGAAAGUAUUCUAUAGAAAUCGUGAUGUGAUUAGUCAGUUGAACAAAAACGGAAUUGGCAUUGCGGGUUGCUGGUAGUCACAGUAUUCAUCCUAUGUAACAGAUCCGAGUCUAUUCCAUUUUA